AUGGGUUUGGACCAGCCCUGCUUGGAUAUGGUGGUGCAAAGGCCCUUUCUGGGUGCAACAUGUAAUAGGCACCGCCACCAGAACCUGCGCAGAAAGAUGAGGCCCAUACGAAUCCUGGGUUUUGUAUUCAGCCUGGUAGCCAUAAGCGCUAUCUCCUUUUCCUUCAGUGCCUUGACCUGGAGCUCAGGGACCUACUCAGAGCCGCUCCGGCCCCAGGAGGCCAUCCUUCAGUCUGGCCCAACUCCACACAGGACUCUACUUUCCACACAGCACCAGAGGGACCCCAAUGUCUCAGCCGACAUUCCCGUGGCAAUGAGGUCUUCGGCAGACGGCAACGAGAGCCAGGGGGACUACCCCACGGACCUGUUCACCCUGGAGGAGAGGCGCCAGGGCGCUGUGGUGCUCCACAUGUUUGGGAUGCUGUACAUGUUCAUCUCUUUAGCCAUUGUGUGUGAUGAGUUCUUUGUGCCCGCUCUGACAGUCAUCACAGAGAAGCUGGCCAUCUCUGAUGAUGUGGCGGGGGCCACCUUCAUGGCGGCAGGCGGGUCGGCGCCGGAGCUCUUCACUUCAGUCAUUGGUGUAUUCGUCUCCCACAGCAAUGUGGGCAUCGGGACCAUUGUGGGCUCAGCUGUCUUCAACAUUCUCUUUGUCAUUGGAAUGUGCGCCAUCUUCUCCAGGGAGAUCCUCAAUCUGACCUGGUGGCCCCUCUUCCGUGACGUCUCCUUCUACAUCAUGGACCUGAUCAUGCUCAUCUGUUUCUUCCUGGAUAACUACAUCUCCUAUUGGGAAAGUAUUGUGCUACUUUCAGCCUAUGCCGCCUAUGUGAUCUUUAUGAAGUUCAACAGCAACGUGGAGGGCUUCGUGAAAGGCUGCAUGAACAAGAAUCAAGUGGUGGAGGUGGAAGAUACUCAAGCUCGCCCUGCGACCUCCGGCAGUGGCGAUGAGAGCAAGCUGUCGGCUAGGCCCCGGCUUCAGAGAGGUGGUAGCUCAGCCUCCCUGCACAACAGCCUGAUGAGAAACAGUAUCUUCCAGCUUAUGAUCCACACACUGGACCCUCUCAGUGAAGAAUUUGCUGAUUCUGGAAAAUUCAGAGAAAAGGCAUCCAUCCUUCAUAAGAUUGCCAAAAAGAAAUGCCAAGUAGAGGACAGCGAGAAGGCUAAUGGAGUAGCCAGCCGGUCAGAUAAAAAUCUUCCAAACAGCUCAAAUGUCGAGGUGGAAGUCACACCACCAAUGAAUGGUACUGCAGGACAAGAAGGGGAAGCUCCGGCCCGAGGGGGUGCUGAGGAUGAGGAGGAAGAGGACCAGCCUCUGAGCCUGUCUUGGCCAGAUACCAUGCGCAAGCGUUUCACCUACCUCAUCAUCAUGCCCAUCGUCUUCCCUCUAUGGCUUACACUGCCUGAUGUCAGAAAACCAACUGCAAAGAAGUUCUUUCCCAUCUCAUUUCUGGGUUCUAUCUGUUGGAUUGCUGGAUUCUCCUACUUAAUGGUGUGGUGGGCUCACCAGGUUGGAGAGACCAUUGGGAUUACAGAAGAGAUUAUGGGCUUGACUAUAUUAGCAGCUGGUACCUCCAUCCCUGACCUAAUCACCAGUGUCAUUGUUGCACGGAAGGGGCUGGGGGAUAUGGCCGUGUCCAGCUCUGUGGGCUCCAACAUCUUUGACAUCACUGUUGGCCUGCCGUUCCCAUGGCUCCUCUGGUCCAUUAUCAACAACAUGCGGCCUGUGGCGGUGAGCUCUAACGGGCUGUUCUGCGCCAUUGUGCUGCUCUUUCUCAUGCUCAUCUUCGUCAUCAUCUCGAUUGCUGCCUGCAAGUGGCGGAUGAGCAAGCUGCUGGGCUUCAUCAUGUUCGUGCUCUACUUAGUUUUCCUGGUGCUCAGCGUUAUGCUGGAAGACAAGAUCAUCGCCUGCCCUAUAUCCAUCUGA